AUGUCUUCUACGCUGACAUGUCACACAACGUGUUCGAGUUUGGAGUGUCUGAAAGCUCUUCUAUGGGCGCCACUGGCCGCGGACCAAGACUUUGGCCGUGAUGAUACCUCAGACUACAGCGACAGUGAGCGCAGUCGGCCUAUCCAAGGCGACACUCAGUCAACUCAAUAUCAGGUCUCUGAGGUUUUCCUUGGUGCCGUGGACGGGCGUGUCCGGGAGCCGAAUGAGCAGAAGAACACCCCAAGGUGGCUGGAUGGAGCUGCAGUUGGCUUCGAGGUUCGUGCCAAGGCAGAUAGAUGUAUCACUAACGACGACAGCAAUGACGAGGGCUCGAAACAAAGAAGGCCUCCAUGGAAGACGCAUGGUAUGGCUUCCUGGGGCUUGCGUCUGUUCAAGAACAAUACAACCGGCGAGGCGCGCCUUCAGCUCUGUACCGAGUCCUAG